GAACGAUUGAUGGCAAGCGGCGCGCUGGAUUUGCUGCUAAGAAAAUUGUCUGUUUAGCACAGAUUAAGGACUGAUGUGAGUGGAAUUGACCAUGAAGCCAAAUAUUUCCGCUUUCCAGUCCAGCGUCUGAGAUGGAUUCUGAGGAUGAGGGUGACGGUUCCUCCUGCAAAUCAGAUCUUUUAUCCCCGUCUGCUAAGGAAGUAUCUUUGACGGGUUUCCUUUUCGGUAACAUCGAUAAAAAAGGACAUCUAGUGGAUGAUGUACUUGAUCCAGAAUCAAAGCGCCAUUUGUCUGAGUUAAGUGCCUUGUCCGGACUCGGUAGUUUGGUGAGAGAGAUUGCUGAUGAUGAUGAUUAUGAUGGUGAAAAAGGAGAAGGAGGUGACAAAGAUGACACCGCAUCUAAUGAAGCAGAGGAUGAAAAGGCCAGCGAUGCAGUGGACUACUCUGACAUCACAGAAGCGGCUGAAGAUGAGUCUACCGAUAAAUACAGAGAAGCAAUGGGGACUGUUAUGCCAUCUAAACGAGCUGGGUCCGAUGAUGAUGAUUACGAUGACUAUGAUGACGAUGCUACCAACGAUCGUCCAUCUAACAGUGACUCCAAGUUAAUGCCUCCACCCCCUCCACCAGUGGAGCGUAAGACUGUCCCUCCGUCUGCCUCAUCCGAUGAGGAUACCAUCAAGGAUGAAGAGUACAUUGAUGAGAAGGUUGAAGCAGUGAAGAGGUUGAACGUGUCGGAGCUGUUUCCAGAGUUCAGAGAAGGGAAGGUUUUAAGAUUUCAUCGUCUCUUUGGAAGUCAAAACACCCUCCCUCAGCUUUGGCGUGGUACCAAGAGAAAGAAGAGAAAACGACGACCGACUGCCAACUCUGACGGUCCAGAGCAGAUAUCGAGCCCUACCAAGGGACCAAUCACUGGAUGGCAGUAUAACUACGCCCCAACACCACCCCCUGAAGACUGCCUCCCGGAUGAUGAGAUUACAAUGCUAGCACCCAUCGAGCCUCUCAUGACCACUGAGGAUGAUGAUCGUAAUAAGAAUAAAGACAUGAGGCCUAAGGUUGCUGAGUGGCGCUACGGACCAGCCCAGUAUUGGUAUGAUAUGCUUGGAGUAGCAGACAGCGGAGAAGGGUUUGACUAUGGAUUCAAGAUGAAAGGCACGGACAAUAAGGAAAAUGUCCCGACAAUCACAAAAGAAGAAGACGAGGAGGAAGAUAAAGAAGACCCGCCCAAGGAGACCAUCCCAGUCAGCGAACUCUUCGCCGACUGCCCCAAGAUGCCCCCAGCCUGCCAAGAUGCCUUUGAGAUGGUCAGUCAACUUCCCUGGGAAGAUGAAAUCAUUUGGGACGGGGAGGAAGUCAAGGAGAGGGUUCAGAAGACUGACGCUAAUACCCUCGCCGGCUGGGUCCCAACGCUUGCCAAUAGAUCAGUACUGGCUUAUUGUACGGCUCAUGGGAGACGUAACAUGGAGUUUCUUGAUCCUACUCUGAACUCAGCUCCAGCGAGUUUAAAACUUCAGGGACCAGCAUUGGUCAGCAAGGUCGCUAGCAAGAUGGCACAAGGACCAAGAAGCAUAGAAGAACCUGAUAAAUCAUCUUGGUAUUCCAUCUUCCCUGUCGACAACGAAGAGCUGGUGUAUAAGAAUUGGGAAAAUGACAUCAUCUGGGACCAUGAGAAUAUGAGCUCCAUCUCGUCCCCUCAUGCCAUGAAGUUAGACCCCAAUGAUGAGAACAUCAUCUUGGGCAUCCCUGAUGAUCCCGAUCCGAACGCCGAGACGGCGGUCAUCAAAGAGAAGAAGGAACCCAGAAGGUCUAAGAUCGUUCUUGAGAAGGCGGGAGUCACUAAGUCCAACAUCUUGCAGACGCAACCUCAAGAAGAUGAAGAUGUGAAGGACCCAUUUAACAUCUCUAAUGACGCCUACUACUACCCAAGAAAUGUCGGAGAGAAUAAACUACGAGCCAACAUGGCCGGCAACCUGCAGCAUUCCACACCAGCCGUUGAGCUCCGACAACCUUUCUUCCCUACCCAUCUUGGUCCAAUGAGGUUAAGACACUACCAUCGACCCCAGGUCAAGAGAUUCUCACAUGGUGCUCUAGCAUCUCCGGGAACUCAUUCUGUCUGGCCGUUGCUCAGACGCAUCAAAACAAAAGCAAAGUUGAGAGAGCAAGAGAGACAGGCGUCUGGCGGUGGUGAGAUGUUCUUCAUGAGGACGCCGGAGGAUCUGUCUGGUAUGGACGGUGAUCUUAUACUCACUGAGUUCUGUGAGCAGUAUCCACCCCAUAUGAUGCAGGUUGGGAUGGCUAGUAAGAUAUGUAACUACUACAAAAGGAAGUCAUCAUCAGACGCCACCCCUCCCGAGUACGAGCAUGGGGAGACAGUGUAUGUAAGAAGUUCACCAUUUCUUGGUGUACUGUCUCCAGGAGAAUCUCUCCAAGCCUUAGAGAACAAUCUAUUCCGAUGUCCGUCUUACCUCCACAAGAUGCCAAGCACGGAUUUCUUGAUCAUACGUACCAGACAAAAGUAUUUUAUCCGAACCAUUGAUCAUAUUUACAACCUGGGCCAGCAAUGUCCGUUGAGGGAGGUACCGGGUCCGAACUCCAAGAAAGCAAAUAAUCACAUCAGAGACUUCCUGCAGGUGUUUAUCUACAGACUGUUCUGGAAGAGCAAUGAUCGACCUCGUCGAAUCAAGAUGGAAGACAUUAAGAAAGCUUUCCCAACUCACUCUGAGAGCAGUAUUAGGAAACGGCUCAAGCUGUGUGCAGAUUUUAAACGAACUGGUAUGGAUUCCAACUGGUGGGUUAUUAAACCAGAUUUCCGUCUUCCCAGUGAAGAAGAGAUCAGAGCAAUGGUUUCACCUGAGCAGUGCUGUGCAUACUACAGCAUGCUGGCGGCUGAGCAGAGGUUAAAGGAUGCCGGUUACGGAGAGAAGUCUUUCUUUGCUCCUGAUGAUGAUAACGAGGACGACCUUCAGAAGAUUGAUGAUGAGGUUCGUACAGCGCCAUGGAACACCACCAGGGCCUUUAUAGCUGCUAUGAAAGGCAAAUGUUUACUGGCUGUAACAGGUCCUACUGAUCCCACUGGAUGCGGUGAGGGAUUCGCCUACAUGAAGGUUCCCAACAAACCCUCGGGUGCAAAGGAUGACACCAGUUCUCCUCAGCAAGCAAAGAAGACAGUGACAGGUACAGACGCCGAUCUGAGACGUCUUAAUCUGAAACAAGCCAAGCAGCUCCUUCGCAACAAGUUUGGUAUCCCAGAGGAAGAUAUUAAGAAGUUAUCGCGUUGGGAGGUGAUUGACGUAGUGAGAACCUACUCCACUCAGCAGGCUAAGAUGGGGGAGACUUCCACUGCUAAGUUUGCUCGUGGUAACCGCUUUGGUAUCGCUGAACACCAAGAACGCUACAAGGAAGAAUGUCAGAGGAUAUUCGACUUGCAAAACAAAGUUUUAGCUUCAGAUGAGAUCUUGUCGACAGAUGAAGACAGUAGCUCUGGAGACGACAGUGACUUUGAAGAGAUGGGCAAGAAUAUUGAGAGCAUGCUGACCAACAAGAAGACUAGCGUACAGUUAACCCAUGAGCGGGAGGAGGCAGAGAGAAAAGAACUACAGAAGAUGCUGAUGGGAGAUGGUGGAAGUACCAGCAGAGGAGGAGACGGUAAAGAAGGCGGGUCCAAGAAUGGAACCAACACUCCGACUCCAGGGGCGGGGCCAUCCUCCAAGGAUGACGAUCUUAACUCGGUGCACAGCUUCGGAUCAUCAUUUAGUGGGCGUCGCCUGAAGAUAUACCGCACCUUUCGAGGAGACGAUGGGACGGAGUUCGUAAGGGUAGAGACGGUUAGAAGACCGGAGGUCAUCGACACGUACGUCCGCAUCAGACAGUCUAAGGAUGAGUCUUAUAUUCGUCAGUUCGCCCUGCACGAUGAGAAACAUCGAGAGGAGAUGAAGAAAGAACGACGUAGGAUCCAGGAGCAGCUGCGCCGCAUCAAACGCAACCAGGAGAAACAAGAACAAGAGAAGCUUCAUCCUAAACCUCCCAAAGUCUUCAAGAAGAAGAAGGAGAAGAAGAUUGAUCUCAAGGUCCUCAAGGUAAGAAAUAUGAAAUGCGGAGCAUGUGGUCUCAUCGGUCACAUGCGCACCAACAAAGAGUGUCCCAACUACGCCAAACUGAAGGAGAACCUACCUUCGGUUGCCGUGGCGAUGACCGAGGAGCAGGAAGAACAGGAAGAGAGGAAACUUGAUGACGAUGAGCUGGUCAAGACGGAGGGUACAAAGGUCAUCCUGGCCAAGAGUGUUCUUGACCACGCCGAGCACAUCAAGAGGAAGUCUCUUGUUCUCCGGUUCCCGAAAGAGAACCUUCCUGCUAAGAAGAAGAGACGGACGGAAUCCUCCCAGCCUCUGGAUUACCUCAAGCGUCCUAACCAGUCUAAUAAUAGACGUCGUACUGAUCCAGUUGUCACCCUGAGUAUUAUGCUGGAAACAGUGCUGAAUGAGUUGAGAGAUAUUCCAUAUGCCACGCCGUUCCAUCAUCCAGUAAGCACUCGUCAUCUUGCCGACUAUUACAAGAUUGUACACAACGCAAUGGACUUGCAGACAAUGAGAGAGAAAUUGCGAGCUCGUAAGUAUCAAUCUCGCAACGAGUUCCUUGGAGACGUUCAGCAAAUCGUUGAUAACAGCACCCUGUAUAAUGGAGACACUAGCCCCAUGACCAUGGUAGGCAGGAACAUGCUGGCACUCUGUAAGAAGAGAAUGGAGGAGAAAGAUGACAAGUUUUCUCGCAUAGAGAAAGCCAUCAAUCCACUGUUGGAUGACGACGAUCAAGUGGCCUUUUCGUUCAUCCUUGAUAACAUUAUCAGUGCCAUGAGGGCUGUGCCUGAUUCAUGGCCUUUCCACCAGCCUGUCAACCAUAAGCAAGUCAAGGAUUACUAUAAGAUCAUUCAAGUACCUAUGGAUUUGGAGACGAUGAGGAAGAAUGCUCAGAAACACAUCUACCACAGCCGGGAGCAAUUCCUGGAGCAUGCUGAGCUUAUGAUGAAGAAUUGCGCUGCAUACAAUGGUGAGGAAAGCACACUGACAGGAAUAUCUCAUAAGGUGCUAGAGAUCUGUAAGAUGGAGCUUGCAUCUAAUGAAGAGCAUCUAGCUCAGCUUGAGAAGGACAUCGCCCUGGCUAGAGAGACUGCCCUGGAUGCAGCAGACGCUGAGAGCCUGUCUGCUGCUCCUAAUACACCCUCAAGUCAAAUCGCUAAUGAGGAUAGUAUGACAGGUUUUGAAGAUGAUGAAGAUGAUGAUGAGCAAGGCAAUGAUCUUGAAGAAGGAGAAUUUGUGGACAUUGAGGGUGACGAUGGGGAAAAGAGAUCAAGCUUUGAACCAAUCCUAGACGCCGAGAGUAGCAUUCUCUACAACGACCUCCAGAUCACGCCGGAGAACAGCGAAGACGAACUAGAUGAUGAUGAAGAAGAUGAAGAAGAAGGAGACAAUCCGUUCCUCCAUCAGCAGAGCGAGAGCGAGGAAUCGGAAAAUGAAGACGGAGAAGAAAUUGUUCGAGCAAUUAACGACGAUGGUGAAGACAAAAACGAUGGAGAUAAUUUCGGAGAGGAUGAGAAUGUAGCGUUAGAAGACAUUGAUGCGGAGGCGGAUGAAUCAUUCGAGGCAGAGUUCGACAUGAGUAGACCGAAUUCUGAGAUGGCGGAUGCGGAGCAGAGUGAAGAGGAGCUGGACGUUGAUGAAGGCAAGAUGAUUCAAGAUGAUGAUGAUGAUGAUGAUAGUGAUGAAGACUUUGUGGAAGUAGAAGAUGAAGAAGAGGCCAUGGAUCAGGGAUAAGAUGAUAAUUAAGACCUUGUUUGAGAUGGAGAGAAGAUUUUUAGCUCAUCUCAACCUUAUGAUGUGGGUCAUGAACCUUUAAGAAAGCCAUUCAAAUUUCUGCAAGUCAAACCGCCUUCAAUAUAUUGGUUAUUGUCACUGCAUCACAUGAUUUCAUUACAAGUUUCAGUAAAACACCUUUUUGUCACUUGGUGACAGCUGACAAUUAAGUUCAAGUGGAGAUUGUUCUCCUGACUUUAUCCUCAAGGUUACUGACAUGCACUGGUUUUCAUGCCAAUGAUUAAUUUGAUUACAAUGAUUUAAUUGGAUAAACUUGCAGUGACAUCAGCUUUCUAAAUCAGUGUUUUGAUUGGUCCAAGGUGAUGUUUGUCAACUGCUGUUUCAGUGGCAGCCUCUAGGUGG